AUGUCUCCAGCUUUAUUGAAAAACCGAGACAAGGCACGACAGAUGCAAAGAACAUCAAAGCCCGCAAGUAUUUUGGAGAGAACAUUUGAACCAAAAGAAGAGAGAUUACUAAUAGCGAAUUCCGUAGAUUAUGCCGAAACCUUUAAUGAACAGCACCCUUCUUGGGGAUACUCGAAAUUUAUACUAUUAAACUCAGUAAAAAACUAUCUUGAAGACGAUCGACUUCAUAUAUGUGUGAAGAUUCGCGAGAAAAUACGAUGGAAGAUAAAGUAUUCCUCCUGUCAUCCGGAGCAAGUACCUUUUUAUGUCAAUAACCCAUCCUACACGUUAAUGAUUCCUGAUAUUACGGUUCAUGUAUCGAGUGAAGAUACCGAUUCAUCUAAUAUUAACGAAAAAACGAAUACAAUAACGAUCCCUGCUCACAAAGAAAUAUUAGCAGCAUCUUCAGUAUAUCUGAAGACACUGAUUAUAGUCUUAGAACCUUUUAAUAGGGAUAAGUUGUUCAUACGAGGUGUCGAUCCAGGAUUAUUUGUCCGCGUUCUGCGCCACUGCUAUAUAGCAGAUGCAGAAAUAGUGGAUAUAAAAGAUGCCAUAAAGCUUGCCGAUAUAGCUUACCGGUUUCAACUCAACAAUCUCAUGAUUGAUGCGUUAUACUAUUUACGAAUGAGAGUAAAUGUCGAUAACAUUUGGGAUAUAUGGUAUAUUUCAGCUUUUGUAAGACACAACUGUCGUUCAGUUCUCGAGAGUUCGUCGUGGGUACAUGCAGACAAGAAGUUAGUCUUGGAAACACUGAAGAUAGACAAACUACCAGAAGCGGUCGACGAAGUUAUUUUCUUCCAGGCUGUUCUCGCGUGGAGAACUACGGCUAUUACUAAAUUCUGUCAUGAGUUUAUCGAUUCUAGUAACGAGUACAGUGGACAAUUAAAAAAGGACUUUACUGAAUACAUCUUGAAUGAUUCCAAAGAGGAGCUCGAAUAUUCAGAGAAAAUCGAAGAAAAAGACAGUGAAACAAACGAAUAUUCAAAUAUAGAGAAAACAUUUGGUACAACAAAUACAGAACGACUAAGAGAUAUCGAGAUCUCAUUUUCGGAAAUGCUUCAUUGUAUACGUUUCUCUCGGAUGGAGCUGGUAUUCAUAUCUGAUAUAGUCGAGAAUAUCGAUUCUGUCAUGAAUGUAGAAGGAAUUGAAGAGCUUCUCUCUAAUGCCUACCGUUGUUUGGCAUUUAAAGGAAAGAAAUAUGUACCCGAAGAGAGCCGCCAGCUCCAUAUUAAUUAA